UGUAAGAGUUCCAACUGAAUCAGGUUUUGGAUCUCGUUACUCUGAAACUCGGACCACCAGUUCACAAGAACUAGUCAUGGUUCUUUCCUUUUCUUCUACUUAAGCUUGGGGCAGCGCCUGAGACCUGAGGAGCGAGGGCGCCGCCACGCCGCGAUGGAGCAACCCAACUCCUCUCCCUCCUCCGUCCGCGUCCUCGUACGUCCUCCCGCCGCCUCCACGCCCGCUGCUUCUGCUGCUACCUCCAACCCCCCGAUCCCGCCUCCCCAAAAUCCAUCCUCCUCCUCCUCCGUCACCGCUUCGGCCGCUGCCGCUGCUUCUCCUCUUGACGGUGUCGUGGUUGUGGGCUUCCUCGGCAGCAGGGCCGCCACUGACGUCUCCCAUUUUAUCAACCGGCUCCUCGACGCCAACGUUUUCGGCUCUGGUGGCCUCGAUAAGGAUCUUUUUCCCUCCCCCUCUGAUGGGGUCGGCCAAGAAGAGGAGUGGUUCCAGCGACGAAGGAUCAGCUACUACCACGAUGCGGAGAAAGGGAUGGUCUUUCUGCAGUUCUCAUCGUCCUUGUCGCCGCUGUCGUUGCUGGCCUCGUCUCAAACAGAUGGCAGAGGAGAUGGUUCCGCAUCGGUCUUGGAGCUAUCCGACGCCGAGGAUCUCCGUGGGAUGCUCUUCAUGUUCUCUGUUUGCCAUGUGAUUAUAUUUAUUCACGAGGGUCUGCGGCUUGAUACCCCAAUUUUAAAAAAAUUCCGGAUGCUACAAGCUGCAAAGCAUGCUCUGGCACCAUUUCUGAGGUCCCAAAUUGCUCCAACAUUAACAAAAUCACCUUCCUCUGUUUCACUCUCAAUGGCUCAGAGAGCCUCUUCUGCCUCUCCACCAGGCCGACGUGGCGGGACCUCGAACCGACAUGGCUCGGCAAUUUCUUUAAUGUCAGGUACAGGCUCUCAUCCGCUACUGCUGCCAGGGCAUUGUACUCCUGUCAUUCUCUUUGUUUUCAGUGAUGACAUGUUGGAUGGACCAAAUCCGGCAAGCAAUGUAGAGGACUCUGCUGAUGCCUCAUCACUAAAUCAGCCGCCCAGUAUGGGUGGAUUGCCAAGGCCAAGCUUGAACUUGAAAGGUACUGGUUCUGUAGUCAUGCUAGCACGUCCUGCAAGUAAAAUUGAAGGCAGUUACAGGAAGAAACUGCAAUCGUCUUUGGAGGCGCAGGUCCGUUUUUUGAUCAAGAAAUGCCGCAUGCUGGUUGGUACAGAAUCUGGUCAUCUUGGUUCAAGAGGGGUUGGUCAUGUGAGCUCCUUUCCCCUGUUUUCUCUUGAUGCAUCAAGGGUUGUUGCAUUGCUGGACAGGUCUGAGAACCAGAGAGGUGAAUCCUUGGAUUUUAUUACAGGUCUUUUGGAGGAGGCUCUUAAUUCAAAAACUGUCCUGGAUAUGUUUUCACUCGAAAACCAUUGCCAGCCUUUGAAUAAUGAGGACAUUCAGUUGAUAAAGGAUUUUAUAUUCAGGCAAUCUGAUACUCUAAGAGGAAGAGGAGGCCUGCCAAGUAAUGCUAACACUGGUGCGGCUGCUGGUGUUGGGAUGGUAGCUGCAGCAGCUGCUGCUGCAGCAGCAUCAGCUGCAGCAGGAAAGCCGGUUCGUGUCCCUGAACUCCCAAGUUUAGAAAACUGGCUGUCUUUGAGUAAUGUGAUUCUUGAUUCCUUGCUGUCUGCAAAAGAUGGCUCUAUGAAUGAAAUUGGAAACAUGAAAAAAAUACCUCGUCAAAGAAGUGCAAAUGAGAUACGAGAUGAGCAGAUUUCUGCACCCGGAACCAAUCCUAUUGAAGCUGCAAUUUCUUGUUUGGAAAGUAGUAAAGGCCUUAACAUGAAGUUUUCUAUAUCUUGGUGUCAAAGAGCUCUUCCAGCUGCUAAGGAGGUUUACCUGAAAGAGUUGCCUGCAUGUUACCCGACUACUUUGCACAAGACACAAUUGGAGAGAGCUUUGCAAGCAUUUCACUCGAUGGUUAAGGGACCAGCCGUCCAAUUAUUUUCAAAGAAGCUGGAAGAUCAAUGCACAUCAAUAUGGGAAUCAGGAAGGCAACUAUGUGAUGCUGUCAGCCUGACAGGAAAGCCAUGCAUGCAUCAGAGACAUGAUGAUAAGAAGCAACACUCCAGUGGAUAUGUUUUUCUCCAUGCCUGCGCUUGUGGUCGCUCAAGGCGCCUUCGAGAUGAUCCUUUUGACUUUGACAGUGCUAAUAUCACAUUCAAUUGUUUUGCAAAUUGUGAGAAUCUCCUUCCUACUCUCGUACUUCCAAGAGGAGGUAAUGCAGGAUUUCUUCCUCCGAGUUCAUGGCGUUUGAUGCGUCUUGGAGGUGCAAGAUAUUAUAAACCAUCAAAAGGCUUGCUUCAAACUGGAUUCUGCUUGACUGAAAAAUAUUUAUUUAAAUGGACAAUUUCACUGGAGAGAGAGAAGGAGACAAGCAGCUUUCCUGUUGGUGUUACUGGCAGAAGUUCUGUAGUAAGCACAACUCCUGAUCUCAAGCAUGUUUCCAUUGUGGAUGAAGAAGUGAAGAAAUCUGGUGCUGCUGAGUUUCCUAGAGAAGUUAAGCAUGGAGGAUCAGAAAACCAGAAAAAGCACUUAGAGAUGCUCCAUUCUGAUGACUCAAGUAUCAGCUUUGGCAAAGGGCUUCCAUCUUUUAAUAUGAAGAAGCCUUUUUCUGAGGUUGUCGCAGGCACCAUUGCCACAGAUUCAACAUUUCCUAGUCUUCAGCAGAGUAAGCAACCAAAAACUAAUGCAGAAAAAAGUAUGAGACUAGUGACUUCAGCUGAUAAAACUGAUGAUCAAAUCCAUGAAGCUGAUAGUCGUCAAGGACCUCAAAGAGGUGACCAUAUUUCUGUUCAGGAAAGCACACACAGACAGGGGCCUAACCUUCAGAAUGCUAGCAACCCCUUUUUACAGAUAGGAAGUAAUAUAGUGCCGGUAAACUUAGGCGGUGAAAAAAUUAAAUCAAAUAAUUCUUUGAAGCAGGUAAUUGUAUAUGUUGGGUUCGAGCACGAGUGCUCCUAUGGACACCGCUUCUUAUUGUCUCCAGAGCAUCUGAAGGAGCUUGACCCUGCCUAUUCACUUCCUGAUAAAUUGCAUUUGUCUACCGAUGAUUCUGAUGGGAAUUUAGAAAAUAAGAACAGUGUGCAUGAUAAAAUUCUUCAGAAGUCAUCUGGAACAAUGUCUGCUGCUGUGAAUAAUAGGAAAAAAAGUAAUAGGUCCACAGAACUAGUGGUUAGAUAUAGUCAACAAAUUGAUAGAUUCAUGCUUUCCUCCAGAUCAGACUUGGAAAAGUUGCCAUCUGUGCAUGGGCUUUCGAUGUAUUCUGACUCUAUGGGAAAACUUGAAGGGAAUCCUCCACAUCUUAGACUGGAUGAUGGUGGAACUGCAUUCACUUUGUUAAACAGGAAAUUGCCUAUAUAUAUGAAUUGUCCUCACUGCAAGAACUCUACAAGACAGGACCACCAGAAGAUCAAAUUUGCAAGUACUGUAUCACAGCUGCAACGGAUUUUUCUGGUGACUCCCCCUUUUCCUACUGUUUUAGCAACACACCCAGUAAUACAAUUUGAGUAUUGAGAUGCAAGCUGCUUCUUCAUAGAAGACCAGAUGAAUUUCUGCUUCUUCAUUAGGUUGUUGCCUUCUAAGACAUUCUUUUUAGUAAAAUAUCUACAUAGGUCAAACUCCAAGUUCUUAACUGCUGUACAAUUGAAAUUUAUUAUCUGGUAUCUUUAUAUAUUGAGGUCUGCUGUUUCAAUUGGACAGACAGUUAUGAUGUACACGUUUGUAAACAAGGUAUAUUGGUGCCUCCUUUUAAGUUUUAUUUAUAUUUUUGUGCUAAGAAGGUUUGGUGCACAUGAAUGUACUUUUAGGACUCUUGCCUGCCUCAGUCUAUUUCUGAUCGCGAACAGCAAUUACGGUUCACUCUUGGUUGUCGAGUUAUCCUACCACCUGAGAGCUUUCUUACAUUAAGACUCCCGUUUGUUUAUGGUGUUCAAAUGGAUGAUGGAAAUCUAUGCCCACUUAACCACCUUGAGCAUCAACCAGAGCUCACAGCAUGGCUUGUUGAAGGCACAGCUUUGCAGGUUGUCUCAAUGGAACACGAAUAUGAUAAGGAAAUUCCCAUGAAGUAAGAACUUAAGGGAAUAAAUUUCAACAUCUUUUAAUUUGUAAAGCAGAGUGGAGGCUGCAAGUAUGCCUGAGAACAUUAUAACAUCUUUAGUGAUUUGUGAAUACGAGGCUGUGGAGUCUUGAUUGAGCGUAUUCCAUUCUGCAGUGGACAAAAGGUAGAUUGAGGCUUCUCCAUGUCACAAGAAGCAUGUUUUGCAUGUGAUGAGGCGUGCCCUACUGGUAUCAGUUGAAGAUUUCAAUAUUAUCACUAUCUACAGACAAGUGGUUCAAGGAAACCAAGGCAAGGACCACUUACAAGUUCUAUUGGAAUAAUUAAAAUAUUUUGCUAUUUAGACUGCAAGAAUACUUUAGGCACAUCUCUGUGUGGUAGCUGGCCGUGGUUGGCUUUUGGCAUCGAUUUGCCAUGGAAGGGCAAACAAUUGAUACGGCAUCUCCCUAUGUCAGAUAACUCUAGCAGCUGCUCAAAAACUACAGAAGCCAGAGGUUUCAGACUUGCUUAUGUCAUCUGGUUGAUGAGUAUAAACAUCUUUUUUCUCCAAACUUAUAAUUGUGUAAUAUUUACUGGUACUUUUUUGUCAACAGAUGUGAUUAGAGAUCUAAAAAGGACCAUGUUUCUUACCAGUUCAAUUUCUUCAGUUCUAAAGCCUGUGUAUCAGUUGAGUGAAUUCACUGAUGUGUCCAUUCAGAAUAAUAUAACCGCACCACAGGAUUUGGGUUAUUAAACACUGAUUGCAACCUUUCUGGUGCUCAGUUGCUAGGCUAAGAUUGGGUAGUCACCACCAGAGACUACAACUGUUUGAGAAUCUCAACAUGUUAAAGACAUGUCAACAUGUAACUGUUUUAUUAACUAUUUUUUUCGAAAUAUUCUGGUACAUUCAGUUGAAUCAUGGAUGCUGUUAGGUCCUUAUUUAACUCAUAGAAAAGCAAGAAAAGCAUCCUCCAACGUU